GACGAAGAUGGCGUAAGAAGGGAGUAAAAGAAAGUCUGGUUACCCGAAGGUGUCAGCACGUUGAUUCAUGUUUCGCGAGCGACAACGGCGGCGGCGACGGGUGGACGUGAUCGGUGGUGGUUUCGCGAGUGCUGUGAGCUGUGAACUGUGAGUGCAGUGUAUCACGGUGUGUACGCGGUUGAGAACGAAGGCGUGCGCGCUAGACUCGUACAAGCGUAAGAAGAAGGCUGCGGUGGUCGCGCGUUUUCGUCUCCCGUGCCGCGAGGGCUGCCCUUCGCGAGAAUCCGCGUCGCGCAUGGCACGGCUCCGUGCCUGAGACGCCUUUUUCCCGGAGACAGAGAGAGCGAGUUCGUGCGCGACCGGGGCCCAGCCUCUUCGCGUGCCUCGUCUCGUGUUACAGUUUUCGAGCACCGAGGAGACCGAGUCGCGAGCGAGCCGACAGAAUGACCAGCCAGGAGACGCGCGAUCAAGGGAUCAGCAACGUAGAGACCGAGUACCUCGAGAUCAACUCGAAAGAAGCCUGGGCAAUCCUCUAUCAGCACAUACGCAACGAAUGCAGCCAUUUUACAUACACGUGCAACGAAUCAAAGAAACCGCAGAACAAAAAUUUGAACCGUUACAGAGAUGUUGCUCCAUACGAUCACAGCAGGAUCGUCCUUAAAAGAGGACCAUGCGAUUACAUCAAUGCCAACCUAAUACAAGUAGAUCGUGCUCACAGACAAUACAUCCUUACUCAAGGACCAUUGGAAAAUACUGCCGGCCACUUUUGGCUGAUGGUAUGGGAGCAAAAUUCUAAAGCUGUGUUAAUGUUAAAUAAAAUAAUCGAGAAGAAUCAAGUUAAGUGUUAUCAGUAUUGGCCUCUCGGUGAUUCGUUGGAUCAGACUAUGACGUUUUUGGAUGUCGGUAUAAAAGUAGAAUACGUCAGCAAAACGGAAUCGUCGGAUUACACGACUAGAAUAUUAAAGUUAAUUGAUUUGGAAACAAAGGAAAGUAGAGAAAUAUUGCACUUUCACUAUACUACUUGGCCAGAUUUCGGAGUGCCGCAAAGUCCGACAGCCUUUCUGCACUUUUUGGCAGACGUUAGGCAGUCGGGAGCGUUAGAUCAAAAUGUUGGCCCCCCUGUUGUGCAUUGCUCUGCUGGCAUCGGAAGGUCUGGAACGUUUUGUUUAGUCGACACGUGUCUUGUUUUGAUCGAAGAAAGCGGAUUGAAUUCUGUGAAUGUUAGAGAUGUGUUGAUCGAAAUGAGAAGAUCCAGAAUGGGUUUAAUUCAAACACCGGAUCAACUACGAUUUUCGUAUGCUGCUAUUAUAGAAGGAGCAAAACAAUUGCCAUCCAACAACGUGAACAUCGACAAUGAGGUAGUAACGAAUCAUUACGACGUGGUAAAUAAUAUUAGUAAUUCUACGAUCGAAGAUGAGGACGAACCGCCUCCUUUGCCACCUCCAAGAGGCGAAUCUCUAACGCGUAGUAUGAUGGCGGAUCUAACUUCGAACACAACUACGAAGAAUGAUGCAUUAGGUGGACCACCCGACAAGCCAUUACCCAGAGAACCGUCUGCCAACACGGAAGCGUCUAGCAGUCCACCCUCUGCAAACUCUACGAUAAUUACAAACAAUUUGCACGAAAAGAGUUCCGAUGGCGUUGCAGUGCCCAACGAAACUACCAGCGACGGUGAAAACUCUUUACAAACGACCAGUCCUCCGUCCAGUCCUGAUGCGAAAAACGAAGUACGUCAUCGCAAUAAAGAAAAGAAGGAACGUCUGGCAGCACAAGUACGGGAGAUGAAACGUCGACAAAAGGAGACAGAAGAAUGGCAGAAGCUCAAGAGGUCAUUAUUUAAGCCUCUUUCAAUAGGCAUAGGCGCCGCAAUUGUUGGUGGGGGUAUUCUAGCAAUCUGUGGCUAUUUGUAUAUGCGAGGUUAGGACAGACUUGUUUCGAGUUGGUCAGUGAUACUAGAUGAUUCGCACAUUCGAGAAUAGUUACUUUCACCACGAGAUAUUUAACAGUUCUAUUCGCACGUGUCAUCGAUUACAGUCAGGAAUGAGUAAUUAAUCAGGGAGAAGCAUUCGGUAUUACGUAAUUGGAAGCAGAUCACGCGAGACGCUGUCGGUAAGAAACUUUGGUUAGCGGAAGGCGAGACCAGUUAUCAAAGGAAUGUUAGAGAGAAGUAACUUAUUCUGAGAAAGUGCAUCUGUAAAGGACAUUGUUGCAUGGCGAAGAAGCUAAAGAAAGAUCGAUAGAUCGAUCGAGAAGGAAAAACGAAGGAGAAGGGGGAGAUCUUCAAUUUGUAUUUUUAUAUUGUGAUUUACUCGAUGAGUACGUAGAAUAUUAGAAAGUAUACAUUCUUUUGAAGAUCCUUUUAUUAGGUUCCCUUGACAGUCGCAAUUUUCGAAGUGAGUAGAGUAUUUCGUAUUUCGUGUUUCCAGUUACGAUGAGAGAAUAAGAGGCGCAUUGAGUCAAAUUAUUUUUUUUUUUUGUCAUUCGAAUUAUAAAUCUGGAAUAUGUUUUUCUUAAUAUAUAAAUGAAUUAUUUGCAUCGCGCGAAUUAAAAGGAAAAAGGAAGAAAGGUCUCGGAGAAGCGACGAAUCAAUGCCCUUGUUAUUCGUACAUCGUAACAACUGUAAGGUCAUAUACGAUACACAUUAUACGAAGUGGGUGCGUAACGAUUUCGGUAAGAAAACUUGAUUAUUUAUCUUCCAAUAGAGAGACAAACGCAAGUAUUAAUCCACCACAUUUCCUUUCUACUUCUUGAACACUCGAAUAGAUUUAGCUAUUUUCAUUUGACUAACCCGUUUGCAGUCGGCAUUUCAGUUUUGAUAAUCCUUUAAUUUCGUCAAGUAAUCUUCGAAUAAAUUAGAUAUCUAUCAUUAGCAAUUAUCCAGGGUACCAAAUUCAUUCGCUUAGAGGUUAUAAGCACCCGAUCACUUCGCUAGAAUCUAAUGAAUAUAUUCGUGAUAGGAGUAGAGAAAUGUUAACGAUUCUAACCGUAGUAUACACAGUAAAUGUUUUUAAAGUAACUUGCCCGUUGAAGUAGAGUCCAUUCUUCAGUAGAAUGUUCACGGAGAAGGGAAGUCGUAUUAGAAUUAGCGUAAGUGAUGCCUGUGACGUACCAUGGCCCGUUCUUUACGUGGGAUACCGUUUAUUUCGAAUCAUCGUCGAUUUCAUUUAACACUUGUUCCUGGGGCUAUGAGUAAAGAGGUACUUUCGGCUUUCUCUCUUCCUCGAAGGAACGCAGGUCACCAAAAUAUUCCGUUAAAUGGCUACUUGUGCCUUCGACCGUGUGCUUGAUGUCUCGCGGAAUUUCGUAAAAGCUCAUGGACGUUUAUAUGAGCGAUUUUGUAUCGAGAGUAGUUGAAGGAAUCUUUUCUACGCAAGAACAUUCCUGGUAUACAGAGGUGGAAGGAUAGUAUCGAAUUCCACUUGAAGUAAUUAGCGUCGACCCAAUAACGUUUCGAUUAAUGAAAAUUGCACAGGGGCUCGUUGCAUGAUAUUCCAGCGCAAAGAAUCGCGCCUGUUGCGUUUCAACAUUGCGACAGAGCAAUUGACAAAGCGGGUGCCAAACGAACGAGAAGCCAACAAGAAUUUUGUACGCCACGCAUAACUGAACAUACUUAUAUAUCGAAUACUUCUUCGAUUCGAAUCAGUUUCUGGCAUCGGAUCAGGUAUUCAGGUAUCGCGGUGUUCGAUCGCGCUGAAUUGUAUCGAGUUAUCGAAACGAAUCGUAGGAACUUCCUCGCACGCUUGAAAAUUAAAGACUCGGGGGGGGGAGGGGAUUAACGAGAACAAUUCUAGCGAUACUUUCUGUGUACUUUACGCGAGAAGUAUCGAAACCAAUAGCGGGAACUGAUUCGCUCAGGAAAACACGUUAAAAUAACGAACCGUUUCAUGGUCGUGUUAGUAAAUUUUAUUUUAUACACGUUUAACACCUUUUUAAAGCGUUUUUCUACGGCAACAGCAUAACUCGCGUCGAGCCUCUUCUAAGCUCGACGAGACCUCGCUUUCGCGUCAGAUGAAAACGGGAGAAGUGGGGUGGGGUUAAAAGUAACGUUUUCUAAAACACGAUUUCCACCCAAAACUUGCCCAGUGGUACGUUCGGAUCCAUUGGGCAUCGCAGAAAGACUGAAUACGUCUAAUUGUGUCUAGAGGGGACGGAGUUAAGAAAAGGUAAACAAAAGAAGAUAAAAAAGAAAGAAAAAAAAAAAAGAAGUACAUAAACGUGUUAAGCCUGUAUUCUUAAGCUGAGCUUUUAUGUAAGUCACAAUUACGAAACUGAAGUAGAUGAAGACUUUGUCGGAUCGCGUUCCAAGACGAGCGGAAACAGGGGGUGUCGCGCGGUUCGCGGUCUCGGCUUUCCUCGAUGGGAGAGCACGCGUCGCGAACAAAUUGUAUUUUGUACUUUUGUACGUUGCUGGCUCCACAUUGGAAUGCGAUCUUGCAAAAAAAAAAAAAAAUAAGUAAAAGACAAAGAAAUAAGAAACAAACGAGAUUUUCGGGUACGUUGCAUCCGUAUGCGUCCGCGUGUUCGUCUCACGACUACGGCGAACAUACAUUAAUUUAGAGAUAUCAUGUUCCAUUCGAAGCGAUGUUACACAUGUUCGAAUUUAAUACAGUAUUCUGUCGUCGGUACCGUCUACCUGUGUGCACCAUUAUCACGUUACCUGAUUUUUCUGCCUAGAGAGCGUUUGUACCAUUAGACAAGUGCGCGGUCUGGAGAGACGCAUUUUGCAUAUACAUUUCAUAUGGUAUAUAUAAUAUAUCGAACAAUUAACGUACGGAGAGCGUGAAAACAAUUGCAACUCUCACGUAGGAGAGAAGAACGCGCGUACGAACCUUCAUUUGGAUCGAUUCUGUCGAACGAAAGCGAUGGUAGUGUUCCUAGUGCGAUCGACAAAUUCGAUAUUUUUUAUAUUUUCUUUUUUAGAGACACUAGAACCACCGGGCGAGGCUUUCGAGGCUAUCGUCGCGGCCCAGAUUAGUCGAUACCGUUCGGAAAGCUGUCGCGCGCGGUAUUCUAAGAUCUUUAUUUCAUUUUCCAGAAGGAACGUAGAUCGCAAUCGGAAGCUUUUCGACGGUCGUAGCCGGUGUUUGUCAACGAGUCAAUUAGUGAACGGAAUUCGUUUUGGACUAGUCCGAUAACUUUUUCGUUCGAAGACGAUCGAUCAUCGACGAAGGCGUUGUACGCGUUUACCCUGAAAUUCUCGAGUUUCCUUGUUCGUAACGAUCGUCGAGAAAACCGGGGCGACCGUUUCUCCGCGUGGCGUUCGAACUCGACUCCCCUGUUCGUCGCGUGUAGCUCCCGGAGAAGAGCGAGAGAAUGCGUGCGUGCGCGAGUGCGAGAGAGACAGAGGAACGUAUCAACCCCCGUGAGCUAGAAUCCACGAAAGACACACGGUGCUAAUCGAAAGUUCCAAAAAAAAAAAAAAAAGAAAAGAAAAAGAAAGGUAAAGAGAACAGGUGUGCGAGAGCGAGAACAGAAAAAAAAAACGGUUUCUCUACGAACAAAAGAAGAUGAAAACAAAGGGGAGGGGGAGGCAUUCGUUCGGAUUUUCUGAUUUAAAAAAAGGGAAAAAUCGUUCGUUUCUUUUUGUCUAUUUAUUCCCACGAUAAUCUCUCUGUCGCGUGCAUACAAUAGACAUAAAACGUUGUAACUACAAGGAACCGCAGAAACAUAGUUAAGUGCCUACUCGUGCGAAAACGAAAGGAAGGGGGAAAAAAUGGGAAUCACAAUGAAAUUACGAACCGGUAGUAGCAUUAACGAUUACGAUACUAUAUAACUAUUAACUACGCUAUAUUAUAUUAUACGCAAUCCCUCGCCUUUUGGCGGAGCGUAGUCGUCGAGCAAGUGAAUCCUUCGUUAUCCGACAAUAUAUAAAGAAUAUAGAUAAUCGUUCCAGUAAAUCUAUUAUCGUCUGAUCGCCGAGCUGAUCGUAACACGAGCUUUCCGAACGAUUACGAUACUUCCUGUCGUGGUAGACGUUCGCUUCUCAAAGAGGAACGCCGUCGUAAAAUUGAAGCACGUUCACGCCGCCGGUGCUGUUUGUGUUUCUCACCCAUAGGGCGGCGCAGUGAUACACGCCGUCUGAUUGACACGCGAGUGCGAGCCACCGGUGGUACACGCCGGCGUGAACGUGUUAAACAGCAGAGGUGGUAAUUCGGUUAAUUACAAACGCGUUCCGACGCUGAGGGUGCCACCCAGCGAGGAGUAAGAACUUCGUAACGGUAGAAAGAAUGUCUAAAGGCGAGGACACGAAAGGCAAUAAUAAUAUAUAACGCGUUUUACAAAGUCGAAGAAGAAUUAAGUGAGAAAAAAUGGUUCCUGUUCCUCGGCAUCGAACGCGUCAUAGGGGUCCCUUUCAAUCGUUACGUGACACGAUUAAGAUCGGUUAAAGCUUUCGGCAAAAUGCAUCGGACCCCGAAUAUUCUCGUGAGACGAUGAACGGUCUCGGCGAUCAGAUCCCCGAAAGCUGUGAAUCGAGUUGCGCUCGUUACUAGCGAAAGACGAAGAAACGGAGAAAAAGACGAGGACGACCGAGGGUAUAACGAUCCGGUCGUCCUCGAGAGUAAGAAAACUGGCAACGGUAGGAAGUUACUUCUCCCUGAAGCCUAAUUGCAUCCUGCGACUCGACGUUACAGUUAACUAUAUUUACGAGAAAAAAAAAAAGUAUGUACCGUUGUAGAAGUAUAUCGAGUGGUAUUUUAAUGUAAAAGUUACACGAGAGAAGUGAGAAAUGGCAGAUCCGUACUAUAUAGAGUUAGAAGGAUUUAGACGAGGGGGCGAAAGAAGUGAAACGAGAGAACGUUCCGGUGAAGAAUCGGUGAAAAACGCGUAACUAUUCGUCGUACUAUCGACCACGAACAACAUUCCCCGCGUGGACGAUCGUCCACGCGAACGACGGGCAAAAUUUUCGUUCGAUGGUUAUCGAUGCCCUCUGAAAUUGCAUUAUAUAUUUUUAAUUAGUUUUCCGAUCGUUCGUCCAUCGUUCGAAUAAAAUUUUGCCCGUCCUCGACGCGAAUCGACGCCGCUUCGCUUCUUUGCCCGCGACACACAGAACAGAGCCAAACGAAUAACUGGAUAGCAUGACGUUCAAGGCUUGCGCGCAAUAAAAUGUUAUUUACGUUGAUGAAAGAGAACAAGACGGAGAAAAGAAACUCGAAAUAACGAACCGAGCGACAAAACGUCAUGAAACUCUCACGACGCGCAUAUUCUUUUUCUCUUCUUUCUAUUUUUUUUUUUUUUUCUUCCUUUAAAUCCCAUGUAGAGAGACUCGUAGACGAGAUUCCCCGUUGCGUACUAGAUCGAUCAAUACAGGAAAGGAUUUUUUCGUA